GAGGGUGUCGGAAGCUCAUUAUAUAUAAAGGCGUGCCCGAUGCACGGUGUUGGUGUAUUGGCGGAACGGCAAGUCGUAGUCAUGAAGCUUUUCCUCAUCAGCGCAGCGCUCGUGGUCCUGGGAUUGGCGGCCGUGAGUGACGCCAUCGGCUGCUCGGAUCCGUCGCCUUUCCAGGGCCGGUGGGUCAUCGGGGUCGACAAGAAGGAGUGCGUUGCCCUGGUCAAGGAGAAGUGCGGCAACCUGAGGGACUACACCACGGGAAGAUGGGUCCGCGGACAACACGUGAAGAGUAACUGUGGUAGCAUUCCCAAGUUUACCGCCAUCGCCACUUUCCUCAAGCCCGGCAACAAGUACUUGGGUCACGCCGCCAUCUUUGAAUCCUGCGCGUCCGAUGGCAUCUGGGUGUACGACCAGUGGAACGCAAAGCCCGUGGAGCGUCGCAAGAUCCGUUACGGAAAUACAGGGAAGCCCAACUACAACGGCGACAACUUCUACACGAUCGAAUUGUAGAGUCUGCGUGUUAUAGGUCUACCUGCGCGGAUGGCCAGAUAUCGGGCUAAAAAAUAAAACAGCGAAAGACCUGCGUU